CAGAACUGGAUCACUUGCACAGACUUCCGGGCGCCGCUCUUUCACCACUUCAGCAGGCGAGCUUUGUAAUCCCAGGCCAAAACUGCUGAGCAGUCCAGUCGUUGUCAAUAACUAACCCGCUCCACAUCGCCUUGCGCAACCUUCGUUCUUCCUUGUAAAUACUUGGCUUCUGCUUCUCGAGUAAACAUAAUCCCCCAGCUACUAACCCGCGCAAACCCGACCUUCGAAACGAGCCGUGCCGAACCGUCCAUCACAUCGAGCUCCGAGCCGCCAGCCACCACAAGACUGUCCCUCGCCUUGCACAUCCCGCCUUCCUUGAUUGCUCCAAGUUGAACGAAAUGGCUUCAGACGCCACCUACGACGCGCGCCCAACUGUCCGUCGUGACUCGCCCUCGCCAGACACAGCUCCCUCUGAAGCCGUUGGAGCUCAGAGCCUGAGAGUGGGCCGGUGUGUAUCCACAGCCUCAACCAACUCUCGUGGAUCCAGUGCAGAUGGCUCGUACAGAGACUCGUUGAGCAGCGGCGCCUACUCUCGGCAGUCAUCAGCCAGCUAUUCCAGGCGGUCGGAUGUAAGCUUUGCGUCUUCUCGCAAUUCGACAGCAAGCUUCAUGGGAGAUAGGCCGUCGAAGAGACGAGGGUAUACAAGGCCAGAAGGCACAGACUUCGCAGCCAGUGCUAAACAAAGGGAAAGUGUUCUGAGUUUGGGAAGCAUCACACAUCUGCAGCACUUCUUUGCUAGAACCGGAUUGCUGGAUGGGAAAGGCGGCCAACUCGCGAGAAAAAGGAACCCGAGGGCAACCAUAGACUUCUCCCAACUGGACCUGCCGACCAUCCUCACGCCCAACGGAUCUGGGGAAAAUUUCGACUCCUCGUACGCAGAUUUCGGAGCACAGCAGGAGCACCUGGUUGAAUCGCCAAUCGACGAGCAUGAUGGGUUCUACGAUGAUGAAUAUGACGAGCCAGACCCCAAUAUACUUCCGCCCACAACAAGCACAUACAAGCACAGAAGGGUUGUUUCGAAGCCGCCGACCAUCGCCAAGCUCAAGGCUGACCUCGUGGCGUCACUGGAUUCCGCAGCAAGGGUAUUGAAGGAGGCAAUACUGGCACAGGCUGCUGCUAAUGAUGCGUCCCAUACGACGCCGGAUCGCUUACCCGGGCCAGGUCAGGGCUGGUAUGAAAUCCAAGGAAUGCAAAUUCUGGACGUCAUGACGUUGGCGAUCCGCGCUGCAAAGGUGUACUAUACGUCUCAUGAACACCCAGAACGCCUUGACGCUAUAAAGUCGGAGAAAGCGAUAAGGUAUGAUCUGCUGGCUGUCAUGGAGGUUCUCAAGCACAUGGCCACGCGGAACUUUGCAGGGGGCAUGCGCGAGGACGAGCACGAGACGAUGCAUGCCUGGGUCGAGAGCAUAUAUACGAUGCUGAGGAAAGAGCAAGAGAUGGAGGAGGCAGACCGGGCAGAAAGAGCCGGGUGGACGUGGCUCAAAGGCAAUUGGAGCGGCCGGGAGAUUGAGCGCGAGAUUGCCUUCUUGACUUCAAUAGACACCGAGGCCGAGCCACUGCCGGUAUACACUCGUAUUGACCCGAACGGUGUGGUUCCAACGCCAUUCCUCGAAAGCUUGCAAAACGGCAUACGGCUGGUCAAGCUGCACAAUGCAGCAGUCAGGAAAUCGAGGCGACGGUUUGGGGCUAUCGGAACGUUCCACACGGAUACGCAGAAGCCGUACAGAUGCGCCGAGAACCUGCGCUACUGGAACAAGGCGGCCGAGCUGCGGUGGGAGGUUGUUUUCAAGGUGGAUGUGCUAGGGAUCGUUUACAACAGUAAUACCCAAGUCUGGAUUGACUUUGAAGAAGCACUUUGGAAGUGGUGCCGCAAGGUGCGCGAGGAGAUCGCGGCAGAACUGGAGAACGACAGCCUCGGUGGUUAAAGGUUUGUUCUGUUGGCUUGAUAUGCCCAGUGGGGUGAGGGUGUUCGGGGAGGAGUUUAUUUGCAUUUGGCAUUCACAGCAUUUUCGAGCAAAUGGUGGCCAAGACACGAGGAAGAAGGCAGAGAUCGAGGUCUUUGGUCG